AAGUUCUACAACAGUCGCAACAACCUUUAUUUUAUGAUCAGAUACCUAUUUUUAUGCAUGAAUAUAUAAAAAACGUGGUUAAUGUAGAUGGAGAUGGAAAUUCACUUGCAAUCGCUUUUGUUAAUCAAAAUCAUUAUGUAGCUAUGGUAUUGAAACCUGGUGCACCUGUUCCUCCAAUUGUUAAUCG